CGAGUUGACUGACUUUUGUGUUUUCCCGAGCCGUUGUAUUCAAAUCGUUUCGCACAAUUAUAUUUUCAUUCCUUAAUAAAGUAUAUUUUAUUCUGCUUAUUAAUUGAAGACACGAGAAGAUUAUUUUACCUUUUAAAUAAAUAAUUCCUACAAUAAUUUGUUAAAAUUGUCUAGCACACUUUGUGUUUUUCUUUCUCCAAUCGUCCUUCUAUAUAUCAAAUUAACGCAAUCAUGACAACUAUUAUGCGAGUGUAUCUAUAUGCGUACGUGAUAAACAUAAAGACAUCGAAACAAAGUGAUAAACAUAUUCUAGAUGGGUCAUACACAUCUGUUUUUGACAAUUAUAUCGGAUAAAAAAUGAACAAUUGAUGUGUACAUUUAUAAUUUGUCAAUUGCGUCUUUAAUGGCAUAUGCAUUUCUUGUUUAACAAACAAAAUAAUUUUCUAGAUGCACAGUAUGCAGAUGCUUACAUUCUUUGGAACUUUCUGCUUAAUAUUUCUACCUAUAUUUGCUUUUUCAUCUGAUGAAAAGUUAUCUCAAGACCAACAAUGUAUACAACCGAUUGAAUAUAUUAUGAAUAUUUCAGCGGAAGUACAUAAUAAUUCACUCAACGUCAAUUCUCGUGUCAAACUCAACAUUUCAUGUACAGACCAGAAAAUACGACUGUAUGUCAAACACUAUUGUAAUGUUAUAUACGAUUUUAACAUCAUUACUAACAUUCCUCGGUAUAAUUAUUCGCAUUGGUUAUACGAGCCAUUUUCUACAAAAGAAGGAUUCAUUGACAUCGUUCUCAAGGACCAAUAUAUAGAAGAUUUUAAAAUAAAACAACGAAAAAGAGAUAUACAACCUGGAAUAUAUUGGAUAACUUCGAAAUAUAAUUGCAUUUUAGAGAAAGUUGCAACACUUAUCCCAUAUGUACCUGAAACUAAAAAAGAAAAAUAUUUGAUUUUACCGCGUAUUCCCGCUGAAUGGAUAUUUCCUCAUUGGAAAAAUCCUGCAAUCAAGGCUGCAUUUACUAUUCAAUUUAACCAUACNUACAAUGAAAUAAUUUUAUCACAUAUGGUUGGUGAUAAAGAAAUUGAAGAAGAUCACCUCUAUACAGUAUUUCGUACUACACCUAUAAUAUCUACUCAUUUGGUAGCAACAGCAGUAUUACAAGAGUAUACUGAUUAUUAUAACUAUACUUUCUUGUUGUAUCAUACACGUCUUGCUAUUCAAAUUAGAUUUCAAGUGAAAACCGACAUUUCAUACGCAGUAUUACUUAUACAAAAGUUUGUGACAUUUAUCGACGACAAGAAAAAGAAUACCACAUCAGUCUCAUACGUUCACUGUGUAGCACUUCCAAUAAACUCCACCAAUUACAAAACCAUAGUAACUACUGGACUUGUACUCUUCAGAGACGCUAAUAUUGCAUACAAUAGAGAAGUAGAUUCAAUUAUAAAACAAGCAACAGUUACAUGCUUGAUUGUACGCGGUGUGCUACAAGAAAUGUUCAGCGAAUGGUUAGUUACAUUGAAACAAUCUGAUUCUUGGUUCCUUGAAGAGUUUUUGACAUUUUACGGAGUUUAUUUAGUCGAUCAACUUUACAAUGAAACUUUACUGAAAUCGAUUGCGAUCCAGACACGACGAGUAGGUUUUGAAUAUACACAAGCAUAUAUUGAAUCUGAUGUAUUUAUACAAGAAAAUCUAUUUGUUCAAAACGUAACUUAUAGUACCAUGUGGAAAGAAAAAUCAUUUAAUAUAUUCUCUAUGAUCAAUAAUUUCUUUUAUAACAAAACUGUUUUAUACAACUCUAUUUUUGAGGAAGCGAUAAAAUUGUAUUCUAUCACUAAGAAUACAUCAAGUGAUACAUUUAAUGAACAGUCCAUUCUUAAUAUUUUAUGGGAAAAUGUACGUGUUGUGCCGGCCGUACAUAAAAAUAAUCGUUUAAAGACUAUAAAUAUAAAAAAUGUGAUAACGUCCUGGAUAACACAACAUGGUUAUCCUGUAGUACAAGUAACACGAAACAAUGACGCACAGUCUCUCACAAUAAAAGUUAUAGACUGUAUUGCAGUGAUUCAAAAAGAAUUGUGUGACCACAAGUGGUGGAUACCUGUAAUCUAUGUAACAAUAUCAAAAAAUAAGUCUAUUACACACCAUUACUCGUACCUAGACCAAGAAAGAAAAGAUAUCGUUGUUUCGAAUAUUGAGGAAGAUGAUUUUAUCGUGAUCACAGAGCAAAAUGGAUAUCGCGUUAACUAUGAUUAUAAAUUUUGGGAAAAGCUUGGUUGUUUUCUGAAAAAUGGAGAGCCACAAAAUUGGGAUAUGUAUGAAGUAUCUGACGUCACUUUAGCCCAAAUUCUCGACGAUGCUUUUUAUUUUUUAAUACAAAACACAAAGUACAACAAACAUCCUGUUGCAAGAAUGAGUAAUAUAGACACAUUUUUCAAUCUUGCAGGCAAUGUACUUUACGUGGAAAUUGGGUACAUAACAUGGUAUCCAAUAUUUAAUGCUCUUCAAUAUGUAUCACACCUUUUUCCGUUUCCAGAAAGCGCAAAAAUCAAGGAUAAAGCAAUAGAAAUAUUGAAUAAAUUUCUUGAAGAUACAUCACAUAUAAAUGUUUCCGAGAAUAGCAUUGAUACUCAAUUAUAUCACGAAGCGUUAAAAUGGACAUGUAUUCUUGGUAGUUCAAAGUGCAAAAAACACCUUAUUGAUAUAUUAAAGUGGCAUUUACAAAAUCCUGCACAAAACAAACUGUUGUUAAGUUGGCAGAAAUGGAUAUAUUGCCAAGGUGUGACAUUAGGACUUAUAAAUGAUUACAUGUUGUUCUUUAAAAUACAAGACAUUUACUUGUUACAAGAAAAGCCAAAUCACUUUUUUCACCUUUUAUCUUGUCGUGGACACAAUUACAAAUUAGAAGUGCGUUAUGCACAAGAACAUACUUUAGGAAAAGACAAUGAUUUUGUUAGCAUUUUUUUCCAUAUUGUUGCAAAGCACGUAAAAAGAUUUUCUUCACUGGAUACUAUACUAAGCCAAAUACAAAAUAAAUUUCCAAGACCGGUUGGCCUACUUGCAGUUGUGAAUUUUAGUAUUAACCACAUAUAUUUAGAUGAAGAUCUCGAAACGAUUACGAAGACUGUACUAGUGAUGGUUACAAAUUUUAUCAACAGAUAUAAUCUAGAAACGCCAUUAUUUAUACACGACGUCAUUAUGAAGAAAAUGGUGAAGCGUCGAAGGAUUAUACGAAGCAAGAAACUACUUAUUCGGGUUGUACAUGAAUAUGUACUACACUAUUAAUCACAUGAUGAUUUUAGCCAUUUUUUUUAUAGACAUAUGCGUUUCAAUUUAAAUAGAAAAUGGUAUCUAUGUAUUGCUGUUAAUAUCAACGUUAUUCUUGUAUAACAAGAUUUAAUUUAUUUUAUGACACAAAAAAGUAUGUAUUAAUUAUGUUUAAAAUGUAGAAUUUACAGACUUUAAUACAUUUAAUAAUUCGCAAAGUGAUCAUAAAAUGAAAUCAAAUGUGUGAUACACGUAUUGCUACUUUUACACUGUAUUUCAUUUUACACAACUGCGCGACUAAGUAUACAUUUAAGGUUAAUUGCUCACAGCUGAAUAUAUAAAACACACGUUAUACAAAAAAACACAUUCUGUGGGUAUUCAAAUAACAUUUUGCGAGUGCCAUCGUAUUCCAGUGCAUCGUUAUAUGAACAGCAUAUAACCAGUAAAUCUAGACAGAACUUUGUACGUGAAUAUAUUGUCAUCACACAUAAGAACGACUUAUUCAUCCUAAGUAUGUAAUACACUUUCAAAUUAAGAGUAAAUAACUUACAAUAUGAUAGCAAAUUGCUCGUUAUUUGUUGGUAUAUUGGAUGGGUAUUCGAUAGAUUCUUGUGCGCAAUAAGCACUUGUGUGCGCGAUGAAAUAUGUUCACAAACAAAAUUUAGACAAAUCAUAUAUAAGAUUUACAUAUUUAACGCGCGCAAACCGUGCAGGCAAAAAUUAUUAUCUGAAUAUAUAAAACUAUGAAAUGUAUAAAACAGAAGCAAUUUAUAUAAAACAGUAUUAUGUAUGAUAAAAUGAUAUAUGAUACUCGUAAUAAUAUUUUUAUGCAUUUAAA